GCCCCGCGAGCCCGACAUUCGCGAGCGGUCCGCCGCACAGCUCCGGCGCCCGUCGCCUCCCGCCCCAGCUUUCCUGAGGCGGCCGUACAAUCCUCGGCAGUGUCCUGAGACUGUAUGGUCAUCUCAGCCUCCGCGUCCUCCCGGCCCCGGACUCUGCCAACUCCCGUCGUUUGAGCCACUUCUUCUUUUUUGAAAACCCAGAAGAGUGACUCCUGACUCCUUUUCAAAGGAAAAAGGAACCUCGGCCCCCUUCUCGCUGCCCUUCUUUUGCGUGUGACAGCCUCCUCCCACUCCUUUUCCCGACCCCGCCUCCGCGUGCAGGUUCCUCCCCGUCACCUUUCUCCACCCCCUCCCCCGCACCUAGCCAGCCGCCCGCAAACUUCCACCUGGCUGUGCGGGCGCUCGGGACCUGCGAGCACUCGGGACCUUUAACACAGGCGCGGGCCUCCGGGAGUGGGCUAGGGCCACAGCGAAAGUAGCGGCGGCAGCCCCCACCGGCCCUGGAGCUCAGGUGCUCAGCGUCUCAAAGGGCCCCCGCGACAAUGACAGCUGACAAGGAGAAAAAAAGGAGUAGCUCGGAGAGGAGGAAGGAGAAGUCCCGAGAUGCUGCCAGGUGCCGGCGGAGCAAGGAGACGGAGGUCUUCUACGAGCUGGCCCACGAGCUGCCCCUGCCUCACAGCGUGAGCUCCCACCUGGACAAGGCCUCCAUCAUGCGGCUGGCCAUCAGCUUCCUGCGUACACACAAACUCCUGUCCUCAGAGCUCACCUUCUUCAAAAUACCAUUUCCUGUUAGUCCUGACCAGAAAGAGGUGGCCUGGGGAUUCUGCCAGUGUCAGCGAAAAGGAGUACAGGAUUUGUGGACAGUUGGACCUGCCCUGGAACCUCAGUCGGGCUGCCUUCCUUCUCUGCAGCCUUGUGAAAACCUCUUGACUACCUUUGAGCUUUACUUUCUCAUCUGCACAAAGAGGAUACCAGUACUUACCGUGGACAUUGGAUAUGAAAGCCCUUUUCCUCUUGCCUGCCACAUAUGGGCCAUCAUUUGCUCUGAAAGUGAGCCUGAAGCUGAGGCUGACCAGCAGAUGGACAACUUGUACCUGAAAGCCUUGGAGGGCUUCAUUGCCGUUGUGACCCAAGAUGGCGACAUGAUCUUUCUGUCAGAAAACAUCAGCAAGUUCAUGGGACUCACACAGGUGGAGCUAACAGGGCACAGUAUCUUUGACUUCACUCAUCCCUGUGACCACGAGGAGAUCCGUGAGAACCUGAGUCUCAAAAAUGGCUCUGGUUUGGGGAAGAAAAGCAAAGAUAUGUCCACAGAGCGGGACUUCUUCAUGAGGAUGAAGUGCACAGUCACCAACAGAGGCCGCACCGUCAACCUCAAGUCAGCCACCUGGAAGGUCCUGCACUGCACGGGCCAGGUGAAGGUCUACAACAACUGCCCCCCUCACAGCAGUCUCUGCGGCUGCAAGGAGCCGCUGCUGUCCUGCCUCAUCAUCAUGUGUGAGCCCAUCCAGCACCCGUCCCACAUGGACGUCCCCCUGGACAGCAAGACCUUCCUGAGCCGCCACAGCAUGGACAUGAAGUUCACCUACUGUGACGACAGAAUCACAGAACUGGUUGGUUACCACCCUGAAGAGCUGCUUGGCCGCUCAGCCUACGAGUUCUACCAUGCACUGGACUCAGAGAACAUGACCAAAAGUCACCAGAACUUGUGCACCAAGGGUCAGGUGGUGAGUGGCCAGUACCGGAUGCUUGCGAAGCACGGGGGCUACGUGUGGCUGGAGACUCAGGGGACGGUCAUCUACAACCCUCGCAACCUGCAGCCCCAGUGCAUCAUGUGUGUGAACUACGUCCUGAGUGAGAUAGAGAAGAACGACGUGGUGUUCUCCAUGGACCAGACGGAGUCCCCGUUCAAGCCGCACCUGAUGACCAUGAAUAGCAUCUUUGACAACAGUGGCAAGGUGGCUGUGUCUGAGAAGAGCAACUUCCUGUUCACCAAGCUGAAGGAAGAGCCCGAGGAGCUGGCCCAGCUCGCACCCACCGCAGGAGAUGCCAUCAUUUCUCUGGAUUUCGGGAGCCAGAACUUUGAGGAGUCCUCAGCCUACGGCAAGGCCAUCCUGCCGCCAGGCCAGCAGUGGGCCGGAGAGCCCAGGAGCCACGGCGCCCACACUGAGGCCGGGAGCCUGCCCGCCUUCACCGUGCCCCAGGCAGCCGCCCCUGGGAGCACCACCCCCAGUGCCGCCAGCAGCAGCAGAAGCAGCAGUAGCUGCUCCACGCCCAGCAGCCCUGGAGACUAUUAUCCAUCUCUGGAGGAUGAUCUGAAGAUUGAAGCAAUCGAAAAGCUCUUUGCCAUGGAUACAGAGGCGAAAGACCAGUGCAGCACCCAGACGGACUUCAAUGAGCUGGACCUGGAGACCCUGGCACCCUACAUCCCCAUGGACGGGGAGGACUUCCAGCUCAGUCCCAUCUGCCCCGAGGAGAGCCUCUUGCCGGAGACACCCCAGUCCACCCCCCAGCACUCCUUCAGUACCAUGUCGAACAUCUUCCAGCCACUGGCCCCGAUGGCCUCUCACAGCCCUUUCCUCCUGGACAAGUAUCAGCUGGAAAGCAAGAAGAUAGAGCCCGAGCAGCGGCCUGUGUCCUUCAUCUUCUUCAACGGUGGGAGCAAGGUGUCCCUACCACCGUGCUGUGGCCAGACCUGCACCCCUCUCUCCUCCAUGGGGGGCAGAUCCAACACACAGUGGCCCCCUGAUCCGCCAUUACACUUGGGGCCCACGAAGUGGCCCGGCGAAGAUCAGCACGUGGAGUCCUUGGGGGCCUCGCCCUUGGGGCCCCCCAUCACUGCCCACCAUCUCUCCAUGUUCAAGAAGAGGUCUGCAAAGGGCUUCGGGCCUCAGGGCCCAGACGUGAUGAGCCCGGCCAUGGUCGCCCUCUCCAACAAGCUGAAGCUGAAGCGACAGCUAGAAUACGAGGAGCAAGCCUUCCAAGACCUGAGUGGGGGGGAUCCACCAGGCAGCAGCACUUCACAUUUGAUGUGGAAAAGGAUGAAGAGUCUCAGGGGCGGUGGGAACUGCCCUCCGAUGCCGGACAAGCUGCCGAGCGCAAACAUCCCCAGUGAUGAGUUCGUCCGAAAUCCCAUGAGGGGCGGGAGCCAGCCCCUGAGACACUUAACACCGCCACGGCUGCCGGCUGCCGUGAGCCCCGGGGAGCCUGCCAAGAGGGGGUUCCCCCCGCAUUGUUACACCCCCCAGUAUCAGGACUACAGCCUACCAGCGGCUCACAAGGUGUCAGGCAUGACAAGCCGGCUGCUCGGACCCUCGUUUGAGCCCUACCUGCUGCCGGAAUUGACCAGAUAUGACUGUGAGGUGAACGUUCCUGUCCCAGGAAGCUCCACGCUCCUCCAAGGAGGGGACCUCCUCAGAGCCCUGGACCAGGCCACCUGAGCCAGGGCCACCCACUGACAGGCACCCCUUCCCAUGCCGUCCCACCAGCUUCACGGUCUCCGUCUGUUUUUUUGCAACUAGAUAUUUCUAACACCAACACACUUUUUACAAGAUAUACUUACCUGGCAAACUUGCCCAGGUCACCAAGUAGUGGCCUUUUUCUGAAGAUGCUCACUUUAUUAUUCAUAUUUUUAAAAUACAAUUGUUUUACCUGCUAUGUUUUGCUCUGUCAAUGGAAAUGUUCUUAAAUUUUAUAAGAUUGUUCUCUCCCCAACUUCAAUUACUUCUAAUUUAUAUUAUUCACGGGUCCCUCUGUCUCUCACACACAAUAUUCAUACUAACAAGUUUGGUGUAUGUUUGUUUGUUCUCCUUUAGGGAAAGCUUUGGCUUCAUUUAACUAGAAGGAUUUUGUUGUUGUUGCCAAAGAGAAACAAAAUAAUUUUGCUUUCUAAGCUUGAUUUGUGGCCUCUUUACCGCUCAGCCCUCCUCCUUUUGUAAAACUAAUCAUCACUAUUGUAAAUUUCAGUCUUUUUUUUUUUUUUAAGCCAACUCUUUGCUCUAAUUUUGAUAUAACUUUUGGGGGAAAAAAUGUGAAGGGUGAACUCCAUUGUAUGUGGUGGUUAUCUGUGAAAGUUACACAGUAUGGCUUUUCCUAAACUGGUGUUUUUCCCCUGCAUUUGGUGGAGUUUUUUAAAUUAUUAUUAUUCAAAAACAUAACUGAGUUUUUUAAAAAGAAAAUUUAUAUCUGGGUUAAGUGUUUAUCAUAUAUAUGGGUACUUUGUAAUAUCUAAAAACUUAGAAAUGGAAUCCUGCUCACAAAAUCACUUUAAGAUCUUUUUUAAGCUGUUAAUCUUUUUCCUGGUGUUGCUGACACUGCAGAAUUGUACAGAACUCCACAGGCCCGUACUAACCCUGCUCAAGGUCUCCCUCUGUUGCCUUUUUGCUUUCGGGACAUGCCGUAGGCGUGACACACAAUCCAGAAAGUGGAAUCAUUCUGUGGGAGCACUGCAAGCUGUCUUCUCCUCAUGUUCUGUAUGUAUUAUGUAUGUAUGUAUGUAUUAUUAUUACUGCCAAGAGGGUCUGACUGACAGCACGUCAGGGGUGGGGGGUAGGGACAAAUAGGGGAAGCGCUUUAAACUCUUCUUCAGGUUUCAUUGCCAGCCCUUCAAGUGCACUGAGCUAUGUGACUCUAAUGGUCUUUCAUGGGGCACAUUUGGGUAUUUCCAGAACUACCAUGAGAUGAUUUAGAUGGGAAUUCAUGAAAGAAAGUGAGGAUUUGGAAAUGGUAUAGGGACCCAGUCCACAUCCUCCCAGUUCACCACCUUGGAGCCCAUGGAGCUGGGCAGAGGGAAUGCACAAAGGGGGGCUCCUGGUCCUGACCAGCUGCAUCCUCAUGCCCCUUCCUCAGCCACGCCAUCAGAUCGCCCUACACGGCCGAGGUGCAGCAGGCAGCCCCCCGGGGACAGCCCCUGGCCCUCCUUGAGGUCUGUCUGUCCCCAGAAGUGAUGUGUCUAGGGUAGGAAGUACUGAAAACAGUGUUCUCAGAGCGUCUUAUAACUCACCAGGUAAGAGGGACGAUGCCAUGUGUUUUUGAAAUAGCAAUCACGUGAAACUUUUCCGUCAUGGGUACAAUGAAGAAGUUUCUAGAAACACACAAAGCAAAACACAGCAAGCCAAGAAGUUGGUAAGGCUGGAUGGACUUACUGCCCAAAACAAAAUAAAAUUUAAAUUUCAAAAGAAAAAUUACCUAGUCACUGUGUUGCCAAAAAUGUUACUUGAGCACCACAGCCCCGCCUCACGUACGGCAGGCGGCAGAACUUGAAGGGUUACGGACAUGUAAGCGCUGGUGUUUGGUUUUCUCUGUGUGUUUGCCUCAGCACGAAGGGCAUUUUACCCUUGCAGUUGUACUAAAACACUCUGAAAAAUAUUCCAAACUGCAUAUUAACUUUAUCUAUCAACAUAAUGAUUUCGUGAACAUUAUUAUGAAUGUCAAAUUCCUACUGACAGCGUUGUUACUAUACGGGAGCUUCACUUUAUACGGAGAUGUAUUUUGACACCUGCCAUCUCAUUAAAGUCUUCUGAUCCUA